UGACUUCUCUGAUGUUGGGCAACCGCACAGCUGAGCACAACAGAAGCGGAUGUUCUCUCAGAAAAAGAAAGGGACUAAGUCGACUGUAUUUUCACUUUCAAAUUAAAACAGUUUCUUGCCAACUUACAACAAGGGACAUAAUUGUCCCGUGCUGUGGGUUAUCAUACUUUCGACGGGCACAAGUUAGGCAGAAUAUAACAGGGAAGGAUGGCAUCCCGGAAGAAGGUGUUGCUGAAAGUGAUCAUUUUGGGCGACUCUGGUGUUGGGAAAACCUCACUGAUGAACCAGUAUGUGAAUAAGAAGUUCAGCAACCAGUAUAAGGCCACAAUUGGAGCAGACUUCCUCACCAAAGAAGUGAUGGUGGAUGACCGGCUUGUCACAAUGCAGAUCUGGGACACGGCAGGUCAGGAGAGGUUCCAGUCUCUGGGCGUGGCGUUCUACCGUGGCGCCGACUGCUGCGUGCUGGUGUACGACGUCACGGCGCCCAACACGUUCAAGACCCUGGACAGCUGGAGGGACGAGUUCCUCAUCCAGGCCAGCCCCCGAGACCCCGAGAACUUCCCCUUUGUGGUACUAGGCAACAAGAUCGACCUGGAGAACAGACAGGUUACGACAAAGCGAGCCCAGGCGUGGUGUCAAAGCAAGAGCAACAUCCCUUACUUCGAGACGAGCGCCAAAGAGGCCAUCAAUGUAGACCAAGCAUUCCAGACCAUUGCCCGCAAUGCCCUCAAACAGGAGUCUGAGGUGGAGACGUACGACUUCCCCGACCAGAUCAAAUUGCGAGACGACCGACCCUCCUCCACCAGCGACGGCUGCAACUGCUGAGAGGACAGGUGGACGAGGGAGAGAGAGAGAGAGAGAGAAGGAGAGGGCAGGAGAAGAGGAGGAAGUGGAGGGAGGAUGGGGAUUACACCACCCUGUCUUGGUCCCCUCCACAGCUACAGAAGUUUCCAGAUGAUGAUGAUGAUGAUGAUAAAAACAAACAAAAAAAACAUGAAAAAAAAUAUGAAAACACUUAUUUUUCUUAACUCCCCAUCUCCAGUCGGGAACCAGUAGAAAAGGAGAACCCCACGCUUGCACAGCAUCACUUUUUAAUAAGAUAUAAAAGAAAUGUUGAUACUAUGGAUAUUCCAAUCAUUAUCCUCAUAUUAUAAUGAUUUCGAAAGAUAUAAUCAUGUAUUUUGUUGUGGUUUUAAUGUUCUCAUCUCUACCGUGAGUACAGACCUAUCUUGUUUAGAUUUAGAACGUCAGGGCCAUCUUACUGUCUAUCUGUGCAAGUAUCAAGGUACAGGUUUGCCCCUUCGUCUGUGACCUAGGCUCAGGCUUUGUUCUCCCCUCAUGACUGUAACCAGUUGGGGGGGUGGAAACCCUCUGGUCCUGAUUCAUUGGUCAGGAAGAAGUUCUACCUAGUCACACGUUCUGUGCCUUCCAUCUCAUGAGACCUUAUUGGGACAGAUCUAUAUACUAAUAUACAGUAUGUAUUGUUUUUUUGUUUUUGUUUUUUCUCUCUCUCUCUCUCUGCCUCUCAGUCCUUAUGUUGCCAAACAGUUUGUGACCCAGGCCCCGUCUUAAGAUAUUUGUUUAGUUUUUUUUUCCUCUUUAAGUGAAGUGAACCAGAUGCAGUUGUCAUCAGCAUGCAAUCAGAAAGAAGUCAGAACAGGACGCAUGAAUAGGAAGAAACUUAAGGCUGCUAGUUACCAGGAUGAGGGGCGUGGAAACACUGGCGCAUCCAUGGUUACCAAGUUGUCCGAAGUGCAAAAUCCGAGCGAUAGAUUCCAUCGGUUGUGAACCUGACUUAGUUCAGUGAUUGUAGGUGUGGAAGCAUGACGAGGGAACAUGGCUCCUUUGCCAAGUGAUUGAAUGUAACCUCUUUGUCUCACGGGUCCGUAGUAGUUUGAUCUUGACUGUAUCAACAGUGAAAACCAAACUGUUAGGUACACAAAUGCCGAACCCCCCCUCCCCCUCCCGAUUUGUGUAUCUUUUAAUAGUGCAGCAGAGGGACAUGAAGUGUAGAACACUUUAAAAGCACCCCCUGAGGAGAGAUGCAUCUCUAUGUUCCAUCAGACAUUCCUUUGGCUCAACUGCCAUUCUGCGUUAGUGGCUGUAUGGUGUGCUUUGCUAUGGCGUCAUUUUAUACCUCGUUGGAUUUGUCAUUUUGUUAUUCAUACACACACACACAUAUACCCCUGCAUAUGUAGAGGCUGUACAUACUCAGGACCUGUCCAUCUACUGUAGACAGGAGAGCAAUCAUCGUUACUCCUUUAAGUCACUGCAACCCCAAUUCAGACUGGUUAAUCAAGCAGCCGUCUGUCUAGGUCCCAUCAAGAAAACUUACCAUGCAGAUUGUUGGGUUAUUGUGAGCAUUUCAUUUCCCCCCGACCUGUGCAUUGUCCUUUUUCAGUAUCAUCUAGUGUAUCUAUAUUAUAUUGUAACAAAUGAACCUGUGAUUCUUCUCUACGUCAACUACAACCAAUGAACACAUCCGUAAAUUCAUUUGUGAUUUUUGCUCUACUCAUUUUUUUUCUCUCUCCCCAUCUGUCAUAAUAUACUGCAUAUAAUCUCAUUUCCCCCAUGCAACAUGAAUAGAUAAAUAAAUGUUGACUUCAUGAACAUCA